UUAGCGCAAUGUUGUAGGAAAAGUGUUGCAAAAUUUUCCCCCUUAUGCGCACGAUUUGGUUCCCGCAGAUGCGUUUGGGUUCCACAACCAUGGCCGGAUUUUAUGUCUACGAGGGACGCUGGUGUCCUCCAAGCGCCGUUUUGCGACGCGUUGAUUCCAACCUUACAAUCUCAAGCUGAUGUGGUGGUUCGUCGCGGGUGGAUAAGAAUCCCCUCUGCACCUUCCUUCCAUUCCUGAGGACCCAUUUUCGAAACUUCGCACCGCAGUCUGCUUGUUGCGAUUCCAAUGACCUCACACUCCAAUCGAGUCGAUCGCCACUUGGGGUCUCCGCGUUGUCGAUUUGAGCACUUGGUUUCGCUGCGUCGCUUAAUCGAUUUGGGGCUUUUUCUCACAGACCGUGUGGAAUUUGAAAUUACAAAACGAACCUUUCAUUACCAGUUGCUUGAAUUUGUCUGAUUUUGUAGCUGGACAAGUAAGGUUACUAAUUGGAAACCAAGGGAUGGCGCUCUUACUCGCGCGCACGCAGAUCAUAUCAACCCCGAGUCACCACUUGUCGCUGCUGCGAGUUCAACGCAGCUCCAUCUCUAGCUCACAAUUGGCACCCACCUGGAAGCCCGUCCAUCAUCGCAGCAUGUUCCAGUGCUGCGCUCUUAGUGUAGGCAUUGGAGAGUUCGAGGGAUCAGGUGAUGAUAGUUCUGGCUUUAUGACUCGGGAGUUGAAGAAUUCCCCUGCUUCUGAUCAGAAUGGAGCCGCGCAAGUGACCUCAACGGUGAAUCCUUCCGAUUUUGCGUCCGAAGGGCGAGAAGAACGAACGACCAGACCGAAGCCAUGGAUCGCUCUUACCGAGACCAAGAUCCAGAAGGCCAUCUUUGAUUUCCGGUUCCUUACCCUCAUGGCGAUCGGCGGCUCUCUCGUGGGCUCUUUGCUUUGCUUCCUCAAGGGAUGUGGGUUUAUAUGUGAUUCUUAUAUUGCGUACCUCGGAAUGUGUCUGAGUGGCUUACACACCGGAAAGGUGAUUCUUCGACUUGUCGAAGCGGUCGAAGUAUACUUGGUGGGAACUGUGAUGCUGAUAUUUGGGAUGGGUCUCUUUGGACUAUUCAUCAGCAGCAACUCUCACGACGCACAAUAUGACCGUGCAUUGCAAAAUACCAACCUCUUCGGCAUGUUCUCACUAACGACACGGCCGCGAUGGAUGCAGAUCACUUCCUUGGAUACAUUGAAGACGAAGCUCGGGCACUGUAUCGUGAUGAUUUUUACUGUCAAACUGUUCGAGAAGAGCAAGACGGUACGUAUCGUAAGCUCGGUGGACCUACUAUUGUAUUCUGUGGCCAUUUUCUUAUCCGCUGCCUCGCUCUAUGUGUUGCAGCAACUACAUGCGUCGCAGACGCCCAGUAAAAACUAAAGUGAAACCUAACGAGAAUUGUGUGUACUAAUAUUAUAGUGUCAAUAUACUGUUCAUUUUGUUACGCAGAAGUCAGUCUUGUACUUUUUAUCAGUGCAGUUUAUGGAGUAUAAACGGAGUAUGAAAUUGCGUCCUUUUGUUUUGGCCCUCUUGAAAACGUACUCUUUAGUGGUAAUUGAGAAUUUUCCUUAUUUUCCAACCUGACGCAAUUUUAUUGAUCUGAAUAAAUGUCAUUGCUUCUGGAA